AUGUGGAGACCGUCUCUCUUCCUCGCCGCGGUGCUAGCGGUACCGUCGCAGGCGCUGCACUUCUUCAUCGACGGCGCGACGCAGAAGUGCUUCUUUGAGGAGCUGCCUAAAGACACGCUGGUAGUUGGCCACUACGACGCCAAAAUCUGGGACGACAACACCAAAUCCUACCAAACCAAGCCCGACGUCGGCGUCUUUAUAACCGUCGAGGAAACCUUCGACAACAACCACCGCGUCGUCGCCCAGCGGGGCUCCAGUAGCGGCCGCUUCACCUUCUCGGCCGCCGACUCGGGCGAGCACCGGGUCUGUGUGACGCCCCAGAACGUGCAGUCGGGCGGCGGCUGGCUGAGCGGCAGCAGCGUGCACGGCACCGUCAAGUUUACGCUGGAUCUGGCGAUUGGCGAGACGAGCAAAAUUGAGAGCACGGAUAAGGGCAAGGUAGACGAGCUGGUGCAGAAGGUGCGGGAUUUGAAUAGCAGGUUGCAGGAUAUCCGGAGGGAGCAGGUAUUCCAGAGGGAGCGCGAAGCCGAGUUCCGCGACCAGUCCGAGUCCACAAACGCCCGCGUCGUGCGCUGGACAAUGAUCCAGCUCGUCGUUCUCGCCGUCACUUGCGCAUGGCAGCUGUCGCACUUGCGAUCCUUUUUCAUCAAGCAGAAGCUUACCUGA